AUGCGUGUGCUCGCCACCUUCGUCAUGGCGAUGGUCCUUCUUCUCGCUGCCAGCAGCGCUGUUCUGACAGCGACGACCCCGGACAAGUUGGCGAAGCUAAUGUCUACAGACUUGAUCGAGAAUCGUCAGCGUGAUGGCGUUCGCUUCCUGCGAAAUCAAGAAGGUGCUGAAUUGGACGACGAAGAGCGAAUCAGUAUCAAGAAUAUUGGGAACUUUUUGAAGAGGAUUUUCUCAAAAGAGGCCAGGAAGAAACACUAUCUGAAUAAGUUCAAGCAAGCCGAUAUAGAGAGCAAUCUCCCAAACCUCGCGAAAAAAGGUGGCCCCAACAGACUGAACGACGCUCUACAAAAACUAAAAAAGACUGGCAUCUCCGAAGAGCAGCUUAAGGAGCUCGAAUCUGCGGCGAAAGGCUAUUCAAAGGAGUGGUUUCGCAAAUUUGGCAAGCUCGAUCCUGUCAGAGCCUGA